AAGGGAAAAAUUUUUGGUUUUUAUCCUUAGCGUGCAUAGAAUUUUUUAGAAAACUGUUCAGAGCCUUUCCGUCUGGUGGCAGCCAUCAAGGUAGGCCGAGAUGGGUGCGUACAAGUACAUCCAGGAGCUAUGGAGGAAGAAGCAGUCCGAUGUCAUGUGCUUUCUUCUCAGGGUGUGCUGCUGGCAGUACCGCCAGCUCUCUGCGCUCCACAGGGCGCCCCGCCCAACCUGGCCCAAUAAAGUGCACAGACUGGGCUACAAGGCCAAGCAAGGUUAUGUCAAAUAUUGGAUUCGUGUGCAUCGUGGUGGCCGCAAACGCCCAGUUCCUAAGGGUGCUACCUAUGGCAAGCCUGUCCAUCAUGGUGUUAACCAGCUGAAGUUUGCCCAAAGCCUUCAGUCUGUUGCAGAGGAGCGAGCUAGACGCCACUGUGGAGCUCUGAGAGUCUUGAAUUCUUAUUGGGUUGGCGAAGAUUCCACAUACAAAUUCUAUGAGGUUAUCCUCAUUGAUCCAUUCCAUAAAGCUAUCAGAAGAAAUCCUGACACCCAGUGGAUCACCAAACCAGUCCACAAACACAGGGAGAUGCGAGGGCUGACCUCUGCAGGCCGCAAGAGCCGUGGCCUUGGGAAGGGUCACAAGUUCUACCACACUAUUGGUAGUUCUCGCCGUGUGGCAUGGAGAAGACACAAUACUCUCCAGCUCCACCGUUACCGCUAAUAUAAGUAA